AUAACUUAGAAAUGGUAAUGUAUUAAUACAUACAUGUGAACCUCUAAUAUAUGAAUAAUCAGUUUGGAUCACAUGGAGAUAAAGAAUGUUUUCUUAGUAGGACUAUUUGUUUUUUGCUGGCCGAUUGCUUCUGUUCUAUCAGAAUGUACAACUGGAUGGUUUGGCGACAAUUGUCAAUAUAAAUGUCAUUGUACUGACAAUAAUUGCGAUGACAAUGGUCUGUGUUUAACAAACUCUACUUGUACAGGAGGAUGGUUUGGUCCUCUAUGUCAGUAUUACGAUCUUGCACCGUUAGGUUCAACAAUAACGUCAAACGUAACUGACGGAGAUGACAGUACAUGUGUUCUUAUACUGAACUUUACAAUCAGCUGGUCAAUAAGACACGGGCUGACAUCAGUACGACUAAAGUAUCAAAACAAUGACUCAGUAUCUAACAUCCGUCUUGCUGUAAAAGAGACCAACUCUACCAGCAGCUUUACACCGUGUACCAGCCAGACAAUGUCCACAGUAGACGACUUUACCGUAGACAUCUACUGUAAUUACAACGCAACUGUUCAAGCGGUUGAUAUAGACUUUGGAGAGAUAAUAUCUGUUUGUACUGUUAAUAUCAAUGGAGGACGAAAUGUCGCCUUAAAGCAACAGACCUGGCAGUCCAGCAACUAUAACGACAGAUACGUUUCAUCCAAAGCUGUUGACGGAAACACUAAUGGAAACAUUGUAGAAUUCGAAUCUUGUUCACACUCUUCAGAAAAGAGUUCAGGAACCUGGAUGUUGAAAUUCCCUCAACCAAUGAAUAUAAACAGAUACAUUUUAUACAACAGAGAGCGUCUGUCUAGUUUUACUCUCACCAGCUUCAGUUCCAGCAACCAGACUUUGUUCACCUACACUGAUCCUAACACUGUUGCUGCUGUUUAUACUGUGACGUCGUCAUCAACACCUUCUGUAACCUACGUACAAAUAACCUCAAGAAAUGCGCCAUUAACACUAUGUGAAGUGGAGAUUUUUGAAGGUUGUCCCAUCGGAUGGUUUGGACCAAGCUGCCAGUACAAAUGCCACUGUACCAACAACUACUGUGACGUGUCUGGUGGAUGUUAUGGUGGAGCAAGUUGUGAUAGAGGAUGGUUUGACCCACUUUGUCAAAAUAGUGAUCUGGCACCAUUAGGCUCCACGACGACAGCACACCUAACAGACGGAGAUGACAGAACGUGUGCUAGUUUGCGUAGCCUCACAAUCAGCUGGGCUCUAUCUUACGAAGUGGCAUCAUUAAGGGUUAAGUUUCAAUAUAAUGACUCAGUAUCUAAAAUCCAUCUUUCUGUAAAAGAGUCAAACUCUGCCAGUAGCUUUACCCCGUGUACCAACCAGACAAUGUCCACAGCAAACGACUUUACCAUAGACAUCUACUGUAGCUACGGUAAAACUGUUCAAGCUGUUCAAAUAGACUUUGGAGAAACAAAAAAUAUUUGUACUGUUAACAUAUAUGGAGGACGAAAUGUCGCCUUAAAACAACAGACCUGGCAGUCAGGCAACAACAAAAUGUUAAUUUCAUCCAAAGCUGUUGACGGAAACACUAAUGGAAAUCUUGUAGAAUUCGAAUCCUGUUCUCAGUCUGCAGGAUCCUGGAUAUUGAAAUUUCCUCAACCAAUGAAUAUAAACAGAUAUAUUUUGUACAAUAGAGCUGAUUGCUGCCAAGAUCUUCUCCGUGGUUUUACACUCACCAGCUACAGCUACAACAACCAGACGUUGUUCACCUACACAGAACCUAACACUGUUGUCGCUGUUUAUGCAGUGACCUCAACAUCAACACCUUCUGUAACCGCUGUGCAAAUACAAGCCAAAUUCUAUAUUUUAACACUUUGUGAAGUUGAGAUUUUUGAAGGAUGCCCCAUUGGAUGGUUUGGACCAAGCUGCCAGUACAAAUGCCGCUGUACCAACAACUACUGCAACGUGUCUGGUGGAUGCUAUGGUGGAUCUAGUUGUGUUAGUGGAUGGUUUGGUCCACUUUGUCAAUACCCUUGCAACGCUACAUUUUACGGAUAUAACUGCACAAGCCGAUGUAGUACAAAUUGUAAAGAUCAGCUUUGUGAGAAUGUUGGUGGAAUUUGUGUUGACUGUAUACCUGGGAAAAAGGGAGAUUUCUGUGACCAAGUCUGCGAUUACCACCAUUAUGGAUCAAACUGUCUACUGAAUUGUUCUUCAAAUUGUGAGGACUCUAAAUGUAACAUAACAACUGGCGAAUGUUAUUCGUGUGUAGCAGGAUUUCAGGGAACAUUUUGUAACAUCUUAUGCGACAAACAUCAUUUUGGUCCAAACUGUGCCUACAACUGUUCCUCCAACUGUGAGAAAUCUGAAUGUAACAAAUCAACAGGGGAAUGUUUUUCGUGUCCAGCGGGAUUCAAGGGAAAAUUUUGUGAUAUAUCAUGCGAUUCACAACAUUUCGGCGUCAACUGCAUGUACAACUGCUCAUCCAACUGUGAUAAAUCUGAAUGCAAUAAAAGCAAUGGUUACUGUAAUACAUGUAAGGCUGGGUAUCAAGGAGAUUUCUGUAAUAGCAGUCAAGAUAGACUAGCAGAGGGUAUCGGCAUUGGCAUUGGAAUCAUGUGUGGAGUUGUUGUACUCAUCGUAGCUAUAGCUUGCAUAAUUCGUAAACAUAUUCCCUCAUUAGCACGUGUAACGGGCAAUCAGAACAUUGUGAAUGGACAAACACUUGACAAUGGAAAAGCAUCUGAGAGCCAGACGGUGUAUACAGAUAUUGAUGUACAGUCGUCAACUGUCGGAUCAAAUUCUUAUGACAUUAUUCAGAAAGAAAGCAGCCCAUAUGAUGCUUUAGAUACUGAGUAUAAAGAGAGUGUACAAUAUGAGUCUGCUUGCUUGUAAACUAUGAAGAAUAUAGCAUAGGUUCCUUUUGUUUGAAGGUUAUAACUUACAAAGAGCAGUUGUUUUUAUUUAUGUUUUACUAGCUUUUAUUUAAAAAUUGCUUCAUCUGUAUGUCUGUAGUGUUUUUAUCAUUAAAGAUGGAAAUUUCGAGCACUUCUAACCGAGUAAAACUCGGCACGGAAAAAAGUUAUUUUUUAGACGGUUGACCUCUUUUUCUAGACACGUGGAUGUGCCCACAAAACCAUACAAAUACACAAGUUUUUCUAAUUUUGAAAAUCAGUAUGUAUAUUUAUUAUCCUCUGCAAUGGUGUCAGUAACGUCGCAGAAGGAACUUGUAAAUUAUCAGUCACGCUAGGCGGGGUGCCGGGUUUCACCGCUGGUUCUGUUGAGUCAUUGAUUGUAGUAGCCUUGUGUAUGUCACUUUGGAAAACGAAUGUAGAUGGAGCCAAGGGCACUCUGCAGCUACUGAACAUUUCGUCAGAAGAGACCUAUGUUAUUUAAUCCUUUUAAUUGAACGUAACACUUGACCCUCUGUGUAGCACGCCGAAUAAAUACAGAACUCGGAGUGCCCAACCAUAUACUAUUUCUGGCGCUUCAGAGGGCCACCUUUUUCAGUAAAAUCCGCCAUUAUAUUACCCAACCGUAUUCCUAAUAUGGGGCACUUUUUAAAUCAUAUGGAGAAUCAAGUACUACCGCUGAAUCCCUGUUCAGAAAGAUAAAUCAUCAGACCCUAGUGCUAAGAUAGCUGCUAAAAACUUUAGGCACCAAACCACACAUUACCGCAGGGGCACAGCCCCUCCCAUAUUUAAUUUUUUUUUACAGCAUAUACUUUUGAAUCAGUCUUCUGGACAUCUUCCCAGAUUUUUAUGACGAUUAGCUUAAUAGUCAUGUAAUGCGUAAGAAAAAUGUACACACCUUUACACACACACACACAUACACACACACACA